CCAUAAUUUUCUCGAAAUUCUCCUAAUUUUCAAAUUCGAUCGAGAAUUUUUGGGAUGAAUUGGAUAGAGGCGCCACCAAACGUUCGACUUUCUCAAUUUCUCAAACCCCUUGAUGAGGGAAAGAGGGGAAACGUGGUGUUCAGCCCCUCCACAACUCUCCAACUUCGUUUAUCUUCGAAAAAACUCCCCUAACCCCCAGUUGGCGUCCUCAUGCUCACAAACUGCCAACGAGUGUUGUAAUAUCACCUCAGACACAACAAUAACUCCAAGUCAAUAAUUAAUAUUAAUCCAACUGAUACCUUUUAAUAAAAUGUGUGGACCAAUGAGAAGAUAUUAUAUUGUUUAUCCAACGUGUUUAAAGUGUUGAGAUAUUAAUUUUGGGGUAAUGAAAAUAACGAAAAUGGGUGAAGCAACAGGCCAACUAUGAAUCAAUAAUUUGAUUUGAAAACAUACAUCGAGUGAGAGACAGCGUAAUAAUGGAGUUGAAGAGUAAUGUCAUUGCUGUUCUUUCGAUAUUUGUGUUUAUCCUCAAUAUAUUGUGUACAGAGUGCUCUCAAACAAUUGAAUCUCAGGGUUACUGUGCCCCCUACAAUGGAAAAAUAUGCCGAAAAUAUUUAACUGGAAUAGGAAAAGUCUGGUUCAAUGACACAGCGGACAAUCCAGGUGGUUUUCUCAACGAGGAAAUUACCACUGAUCUCUGGGAGGAAUUGAUAUCAAAGCUGAAGGAGCCCUGUCGUUCAGCUGCUGAAAAAAUGCUCUGCGUGUAUGCAUUCCCGAUGUGCCAUAAAUCCGAGAGACUGCCCCUCUGCUACGAGGACUGCCAGGCGAUAAGACAUGAAUUUUGCUUCAACGAUUGGGCCCUCAUCGAGGACAAUAAACAGAGGGAUAUUUAUAUAAGAUCCCGGGGUCAUUUUCGACUUCCCGACUGCGAUGUACUGCCAAAACUCAAGAAGGGUGUCACCACGUGCUCGCACAUUCAUCUCACUGAUAUGAAUCAGGAUCUGGUGACGUACGACUGUGUCAGGGAUAAUGGUCGUUUCUACAUGGGAAAUAUGAAUCGCUCCAAGAGUGGACUUGAUUGCCAGCCCUGGGAUACCCAGCAACCACACUUCCACAACAAACCCCCGAAUGUCUUUCCCCAAAUUCGUUAUGGAAAAAAUUUUUGCAGAAAUGCUGGAGGCGAUGAGUUGAUGCCCUGGUGCUUCACUAUGAAUCCUGAAGUUCGAUGGGAGCACUGCGACAUCCAAAUCUGCGAGAAUCAGACUCAACCCAGUCCAGACGUCAAAGUCGACACCAAUGAAAUCAUGAUGGAGAGCCUGUUCACACCUGGUUUCACUCUGACAUUAUCCGCUCUAGGUCUCGUCCUCGUCGUUGGAUCAUUGGUCUCGAUUUUUUUAACCCAGAGGCUCAAGAAACAACGAAACAGUGGAUACUGCAAUGCACCCAAUCCAGACGUCAAUAUCGAUCUCGAUAAACUACCGAAUAAUGAUGCAUAUCACAGGACUGGAGCCCAGCUAAAUCCCAAAUUAGAGAAGCUCGAGUUCCCCAGGAACAAUAUCAUCUACGUCAGGGAUUUGGGCCAGGGGGCUUUUGGUCGUGUCUUCCAGGCGAGGGCACCAGGACUCAUUCCCAACGAGGAAUUCACUAAUGUCGCUGUGAAAAUGCUCAAGGAUGAGGCCUCCCAGGAUCUCCUCGUGGAUUUUGAGAGAGAGGCUUGUCUUCUAGCUGAGUUCGAUCAUCCGAAUAUUGUGAAACUUCUGGGCGUCUGCGCUCUGGGUAGACCCAUGUGUCUCCUCUUCGAGUACAUGGGGAGAGGUGAUUUGAAUGAAUUUCUGAGGAGUUGCUCACCGUCAAACCGAUACAAAUUUAAUGACAACGAUGAAUCAAGGCUGUCUCAUAUGGAUUUGAUUAAUAUUGCCAUUCAGGUUGCCUCGGGGAUGGUUUAUCUUUCUGAUCGUAAAUUCGUCCAUCGAGAUUUAGCUACCAGAAACUGUCUCAUCAAUGAUCAAAUGGUGGUGAAGAUCGCGGACUUUGGAUUGUCCCAGAAGAUAUAUCUCCAGGAUUAUUACAAAGGGGACGAUCAGGAUGCCAUUCCUGUGAGGUGGAUGCCACUUGAGAGUAUUCUUUAUAAUAAAUACACGAUUGAAUCUGAUGUGUGGGCAUUCGCUGUAUGUUUGUGGGAAAUCUUCAGCUUUGCUCUUCAGCCGUACUAUGGAAUGACCCACGAGGAAGUCGUCAAGUACAUCAAGGAGGGUAAUGUUCUCCAGUGUCCGGACAAUACUCCACCCCAGGUCUACGAUCUCAUGAAAGUCUGCUGGAACAGGAGGCCAGCGGAUCGACCGCCUUUCAGGGCAAUCCAUGAGACACUCGAGAAAAUUAAGGUGGGACUCGAGGCAGAAAACAAAUCUGACAGUAUUGCAUUGAGAAUUCAUGUUUAAUACAGUAUUAUUGUUCGAGA